AUGCUUGCAGAGCCCGCUAAGAACGGUGAAGUGAAGGGGAGCCCGGAGUUGGUGAAGAAUAAGUGUGCCAUCACCAUUAGCUUAAGCCCUGUCCUCAGCACGCCAGGUUUCUCCCUGUCCUUUCCUCCUCAUUUUCCUUUAUCCUUCAGCUUUCCAUCUCCUUUCCGAAAAUUUGAAAAGAUUUCUUUGCGAAUAAUAAGGACGUCAGUGCCCAGCUCUGGAAAAAGUCCUGUUUUCUCCAAUUUAUGCUGCUUCAUUGUUAAGCAUGGAGUUUAUAUGAGAUCUGAUAAUCGACAACCCUCGCCUCAACGUCUCCCCAUUCGAUCCGCAGCAGUCGGACAUGGCAUGGGAAAGGCUGGCUGUUACCUCAGAACUAAUUAG